UACACAUUGUAAUAAUAUUGCUACACAUUACGUAAUUUAGCUUAAUAAAUACUAGUUACCAAAUAACCUUAUAUUAAGGCCAAAUUGCACUUAAUGCAUCAAUGUCAAACACAUUAAUCAAUUACAUUUACUUAUUGUCUACCGACAGAUUGUAAAUUAAGAUGAAUAAUAAUAAAAAAAAAAAAAAAUGUUUAUCUAACAUAAUCCAAGUCAAUGAUUUUAAACAAACUACCAGUAUGUUAUUUAUGUAUGUAAAUAACAAAUAACAAUAACAACAAUAAGAAAUAAUAAUAAAUAUGUUGUUUUGGAAAAUCCAAGCAGUACAAAUGUGUGUAGUUCAAGUUCUUUAGUUGAUGUCACUGAGAAAGAUCAGCAUGACAGUUUAAAUCAAACUCCUGAAAUAGACAUGGUUGAUGCAUUCCAAACUGAAGAGAGUCUUGAUAUUUGGCAAGCGGAUCAGUUUGACAUUGCUAAGGCAAAUAGCAAGUCUUUAGACGACACAACAAAAAAAAUAUUCUCACAUCGACAUUGCUUCCAAAAGAACCAUUUGAAUUUCCAGCUACAGAAACAAAAUCACAAAAAAGAUGUUUUCAAAGGAAGUGGAUUACAGAUGGAGAUUUCGCUUGGCUUGCCUACUCUAAAAGUGGAGACAGCGUUUUUUGUAAGCCUUGUUGGUUAUUUUUUCACAAAGGUGUGGGAAAAGGUGGGCAUCAAAAUCCUGGACAUUUUGUAACUGGCUAUCGAAAAUGGAAGAACGCAAAAGAGAAUUUUAAUAAACACAAGCAAAACAUAUACCAUUUAGAAUGUGUUCAAAAGGCCACUUCAUUCUUAAAUGUGCUAUCUAGCAAACAAGAGAUAAGGUCUCGAUUGGAUAUGCAGCGCGCAAAGGAAGUAGAAAAAAAUAGAAAUGCUCUCAAACCUAUUAUUGAAACAAUCCUUUUUUGCGCAGAGCAAGAACUUCCUUUAAGAGGCGACCAUGAUAGCGGCGUGCUGUCAUUAACUCGGCCUGAACAGAAGGAUGGAAAAUUUAGAGCCCUAUUACGCUUCAGAUUGGAUGCUGGCGAUGAAAAUUUGAGAGCUCAAAUCGCGAAUAGUGCUAAGAAUGCCAAAUAUUUAAGCCCAGAUAUUCAAAAUGAGAUUCUCGAGACUGGCGCUAAUAUUGUGACAAACAAAAUAAUUAAUAAAGUGAAUAGCGCAAAGUGUUUUAGCAUUCUUGUUGAUGAAACAAUGGAUGUUGCAGGUAAAGAGCAACUUUCGUUAUGUCUACGGUAUGUAGACUUCUCAUCCAAAUAUCCAGCAUUUCGUGAAGAUUUUGUGGGCUUUAUUCCAAUUACCGAUCAAACUUCUGAAAACUUAUCAAAAGUCAUACUUAAGCGUUGUACAGAUCUCCAUCUUGAUAUGGCGAAAUUGGUUGGACAGGGAUAUGACGGAGCAGCAAACAUGUCAGGGCAUUUAAGUGGAGUGCAAACCAGGAUAAGACAACUGUAUCCAAAAACACGAUAUGUUCAUUGCGCUAGUCACCGAUUGAACCUUGCGCUUUCUAAUACUAUGUCAUUACCUUCAGUACGGAACUGCCUUGGUAUUGUCAAUGAAAUAGCAAAUUUAUUUAGAAACCAUUCAAAUGCAAACACAACUUUCCAGGACGUUAUACAGAAGCACGCACCAGAAAGCAAAAAAAGACGACUUGUUCGCCUUUGUGAAACAAGGUUUAUAGAAAGGCAUGAAAGCAUUAUAAGCUUUGUGGAGCUUUUCAAAUUCAUUGUAUUAAGUUUGGAAAUAAUUUCGAGUAAGACAUGGUCCAUUUUGUCUAAAGCAUCAGCCUUCUUAGCAGCGGUAGAGAAAAGCGAUAUUUUGCUUAGUCUAUUCGUCUGUGAGCAAUUGUUCAGCUUAACGCUGCCACUGUCUGUGCAACUCCAAGAAAAAUCUAUGGAUUUUGUAUCAGCAAUGAACCGAGCAAAAGAAUUAAUAAGAACUCUGCACCAGAUAAGAGAAACAGCGGAUGGUUUUUUCAACGAUAUUUUCCAAACAGCAUCACAAAUGUCUAAAGAUCUUUUUGACACAGAUCUUGUAGUGCCUAGAGUGACUUCGCGCCAAACUACUCGUGCUAAUCCACCUUGCACAACCCCUGAAAGCCACUUCAGAGUUACAAUAUUUAUUCCAUGCGUUGAUGCUCUGAUUCAAAACAUGACAGAACGUUUAUUAGUGAAUGAGGAUAUACUCUCGUCAUUUCAAAUUCUACUCCCAGGUUUUGCUGCAAUUGAUAAUGCCGAAGAAUUAAAAAAUUUAACUAUUUACUUCGAGGAGCAAAUAUCAAUGACAGCAUUAAAAUCAGAGUAUCGAUUGUGGUGUGCCAGCUUAUCAACAAUAGAUCCAACCAUAGAAGUGUUGAAAUUACUGCAACAUUGCGAUGCAACGUAUUUUAAAAAUAUUCACUACCUGCUUACAAUUUUAGCAACUCUUCCAGUGACGACCGCUUCCGUUGAAAGAACUUUUUCAACGUUAAAAAGAAUAAAAACUUUACCACGCAGUGUGAUGGGCAAUGAGCGGCUGAGUGCACUUGCUGUUAUUGCAGUGCACUGGGAUAUUAAAAUAGAUCCAGAUGAAGUAAUUAAUAAUAUGGCAAACAAGAAGAAAAGAAAAAUAUUACUAAUUUAAGUUACAACUACCAAAUAAUUUAAGUAAUAUGUAUAUAAAUUUAUAUUGUUUUUUUUUAAUAAACAGAAAAUUUAAAGUUUA